ACCACUAGCAGAGUAAUAUCCAAUACAUCAUAAUGCUUUCAAGAGUGGGGUUUAGUUCUGCCAGAUUGGCCAGCAGUAGAAUUGCUCCAAUGGCUUACAGAGCAGCUGGUUUAUCCACCACUGCUGCAAGAUUGGCAUCCAAAGAAAAAGAACCAGUAACAAUGUUCGACCCAUACACCAACAAGACUAUUGUGUUGAGUGAUCCAGAACACCCUGAAUUGGGUGAUUACAAAAUCCCAACCCCAAUUAACUAUCAAAAGAGAGAUCCAUACGCCAAAUAUGACGAUCAAGGUAAUAGAAGAAAUAAGAAUGAACCAAUGCAUCCUGAACAAGAUUUGUUAGAUAUGUGGUCUACCGAUAAAUACGACCACGUUUCAUUGGGCACUGCCUUGAAAUACAAUGGUAUAUUCUUUGGCUCGCUUUUUGCCCUUGGAUUCACCUUAUGGUAUUUCGAAUGGACCCCAGCAAAGCCAGCCAUGAUUAGAUCAUAUCCUUAUAACGGGUUAGCUGCUGCUUUGGGUGCUGGAAGUGACGAGGAUGCUCAUUUAUACCAAGCUAGACCAGAUGUCACUGCCGAAGCUGAAUGUGGUAUCUUACCUGAUGAUGAAGAAGUGGUUAAACAAAAGGAAUCAUAUUUACAGAACAACGCUAAGUUCAUCAAGGUUGAAGCUGCUUAAUAGAACUUUUAUCAUAUAUACACAAAUCAUAACGACUUAUGUCAGCAUAGGGCAAAAAUACCCUUGAACAAUUCACACUUUACCAUUCUAUUUACAUUGGCAUUCUCCUUGUUGUUUCUUUUUCUUUUUUUGAAUAUUCAACCGCAAUGUAUAUUUAUUACUGAUUAACACGUCUGUA